AUGUUCACCGAAGAACUCAAAGCGUUCAAACGACUGGGUUUCCGACAUGUUCUUCUACAAAUUCUUAACUUUGCGUCUGUUAUUGCCUCGGGACUCAUGAUAUGGAAAGGACUUGGGAUUAUCACCAAUUCUGAAUCACCGAUCGUAGUUGUCUUGAGUGGAUCAAUGGAACCAGCCUUCUAUCGCGGAGAUUUGCUUUUCCUCACGAAUCCUCCAAAUGAGCGCUAUCAAACCGGUGACAUCACAGUGUACAAGAUCCCUGGCGCCGAUAUCCCAAUUGUCCAUCGUGUGCUAGAGACGCACGAUGUCUCACCGAAGACCAAGAAGUCGAAGAAAGCUGCUGCAGAAACGACGAUAUCUGUCCCAACCCUCCCUCACCAACGACUACUAACCAAGGGUGACAACAAUUAUGUCGACGAUAUUGAGUUGUACCAGGGAUUGGAAUGGCUGGAACGAAAGCACAUUGUGGGCAAGGUUCGAGGGUUCCUCCCAUAUGUUGGUUACGUUACAAUCGCUAUGAACGAUUUCCCGCAGCUGAAAUACGCGUUGCUCGGCGGUCUGGGUCUUUUAGCACUAAUACAACGGGAAUAG